GUUUAAUAAAGUUAGUAAGUGGUGUUGUUUUACAUUUUAGUCCCAGUAAUUAUCUCAAAUAAGAUAGCAUUGAUUCGACGUUUGUGCUCUGCGCAUGUCCCUUCAGGCUUGCCGUAGGUUGAUGUUCCGGAGCGGUCAAACGGUGUCGGUCAAAGUUUAGUUACACUCGUGCUGACUGCAUCAAGGCAGCCGAAACCGCUCACGGUUCUCCACGAUGACAGCACGGAAUAUUUCCCGGUUCUGGGAAUGGGGGAGGAAGAUCAUUUGCGUUGGGAGAAACUAUGCGGAUCACGCCAAAGAGCUGAAAAACGCGAUUCCUAAGGAGCCUGUCUUGUUCCUGAAGCCUCCUACUGCAUAUGUGAGAGAGGGCUCGCCUAUCUUGGUGCCCCUUUACACCACUAAUCUGCACCAUGAAGUGGAGCUGGGGGUGGUGAUCGGGAAAGGGGGCACGGCCAUCCCGCAGUCCGCCGCUAUGGAGCAUGUUGCGGGUUAUGCUCUGUGCUUGGACAUGACAGCCCGAGACAUCCAGGACGAGUGCAAGUCCAAAGGUCUGCCCUGGACCAUGGCCAAGGCUUUCAACACCUCCUGUCCUGUCAGCGAGUUCAUCCCCAAAGAGCGCAUCCCUGACCCGGGGAAGGUCAGCCUGUGGCUGAAAGUAAAUGAUCAGCUUCGACAGAGCGGCUGCACCUCUCAGAUGAUCUUCUCCGUCCCAUAUCUCAUCAGCUACAUCAGCGACUUCAUCACCUUGGAGGAAGGGGAUCUCAUCCUGACCGGGACCCCUAAAGGAGUCUCCGCCGUGCAGGAGCACGAUGAGCUGCAGGCUGGGAUCGAGGACAUUGUUACGAUGAGCUUUACAGUAGACAGACAAGACCAUUAGCGGGAAAAGAGACUUAACUGAGGCAGAUGAGAUAAAGACUCGUGAAGAGAAGUUUGAACUUCAGCAGCUUUCUUGUCCAUGUCUACAACCCUAAACGCACCAAGGUGCUGUCACCAUCAACUCAGAACAACAUCUCUGGGCGGAAGCAACAUCUCGGAUCAGUUGGCUGCGGUUGUGAGGUCUCACAAUCUGCUAUGUGAGCAAAAAAGAGUGACAAGACCACAGAAUCGACGGCUAAUAACAUCACGGAGAAACUCGCAGCUAUUAACGGGAGAUUGAGAGACCAGUGUCGGAGUGUUAAAAACAGCUUGAAAUUCUCAUGAGUUGUUUGCAAAAGAAAAAUUACCAUCAUAAUGCGGCUACCC